AUGAACCCGGACAGCAUGGACCACUCCAUGCAGGACGAUAUGGAACGACCAGCGAAGCGACCAUGUUUAUCAUAUACCCCAACCGAGGACGACGAGGUUCCUGCAGAAUUCGAUCUCCCGGCUGCACGCGCACAGAAUGACUCGCGACUGAAGUCUCUCUUCGAACACAUUUUCGCGAAAUAUAGCAAGGACUUCACGGACGUCGGUGAUGAGAUUGACCUGCAGACCGGGGAUAUAGUGGUAGACAAUGGACAUCUCCUAGGUAUGCGGAGCGAGCACGACGCCGGCCAGCCGCGAUCGUGGCUCUCCCAGGGUGACCUAGAGGACCCUGAUGCAGACGAUGACACCGCAAAGGGAGAGGAAGAUGAAUUCUUUUCUAUGGCAUCUUCUCCUGGUCGUUCUUCGGCUCCACGCGAAGAGUCGCCAUCGAAACAGCUACAGACAGACAUGGAUACCUCUCUAGAUUUCGUGUUUACGUUUAAAUCAUCUGGGACUGCAGGGCACAGUCCUACAACCAAGGAAGAACAAGCCUCCCAUCCGACCAACCCUAUCCUACCUUCCAAACCACAAGAUCCAAUCUGGGCAGUCCCAGAUCUACCUGCAUCCUUCUCAACACCCACCACCGAAACCCGCAAAACAAACGCGGGCUUCUUUUCACCUGCCACUGCCACUGCCACAGCCAGAUCCCCAUCCCCGCCAGGGAGCGGCUCGAUCUGGGCUGUGCGUAAACCCCGCAAGCCACGCACAGAAACGAAACCCAAGGCCACGCCCAGCAAGCGUCGGCCAGCCGCGAAGCGCAAGUACCAUUCCAGCCCUGUCACGCGCGACUGGUCUUUCGCGGAAGUGCCAGAUGGGAAUGAGUCCGAUGACCCGUUGCAGGACUAUGAGCCAUCGCCGACGCCAUCGAAGGUUAAAAUCAUUCGUGGGAAGCGUCGCGUUCCGACUAAGGUUAAUGAUGGUCCUUCUACUCCUUCGAAGCGGCCGACUGUUGUUAUUGAAGUUGAGCGAGGUGAUCGCCAAGAAGGGGGUGUGGAUUAA